CACGAGACAUAUUUAAUGUGAUGUAUCUGUUUAUCUUAAAUAUUCUAGAUAGAUGCAACACUCUACUCCUAUGUACUGUUUCUGUACUGUUCUCCGCCUGCAGCUACCGGCUAGUUCACUAUUCUGCUGCAGAGUGGCGCCAGUGACGUCACAGCUGAAGCAGUUCCUUAGGAAAAAAAAAAAAAAAAAAAAAAAAAACGGAGAGGAAAAAUCGAGGUGAGAACAAUUAUCCUGUUUUGUACGUUCUGCUUAUGCCGAGGAUGUAACAGAAAGAGAUUGACGCUUCUCCAUUACCGAGCGUCGACGGAACCGGACAAUAUUACUUCCAUUCUGCUCCCCUUUAACCCCCUCUUUAUAAAAAAAUGAUAUAAUAAUAAUAAUAAUAAUAAUAAUAAUAAUAAUAAUAAUAAUAAUAAUAAUAAUGUGUUGCCGAUGAUUUCUCAGCAUGUGGGCAAUGGCCAUAGUUUUCACUGGACUAUCCUGAUAACAUGCUGCCGGGGUUCACAAUGAGAGGAGCACUGUCCCCCUUGGAAAGCGCGCUGAGCAGCUGGCGUCUCGGUUGAUCGUGAGUGAGGAAUGGCCUCUCUGGACCUACCUUACCGCUGUCCGCGUUGCGGAGAACACAAACGUUUCCGGAGCCUGUCUUCCCUGAGAGCCCACCUGGAGUACAACCACACCUACGAGACCCUCUACGUCCUGUCUAAGUCCAACAGCGUGUGCGACGCCACCCUCGUCCCCUUGGUAUCUGAUGGGCCCCUGCUGAGCCCUGUGGGCAGCCGAAAGGACGUCUUUGAGAGUACCUCUUUCAGCGCCAAGGAACACCGCUACCCCUUCGACCUGCCAUGCGCUGAUGACCUGGGCCUGACAACAGCUGCUGCUCGCUACAUCCCCAAUGUAGAGAUUCCCCUUAAUGAGAUUUUUGUCAAAAAAGGAAUGACCUCCACCACUCCCACUCCCACUUCCACUCCCACCUCCACUGCCAUCUCAGUAGCUACUGCUGCCGCAAACGCAGUGGAGGCCGCCUACGAGGAAGGGCUGGCCAGGCUGAAGGUGCGGGCCUUCGAGAAGCUGGAGCUGGACGAGCGGCUGGAAAAGCUCUCAGAAGAGGUUGAGCAGAAGAUUACAGCUCGUGUGGGCCGUCUGCAGGUGGAGCUGGAGAAGAGGAGCUGUGAGCUGGAGAAGGCCAAGCAGGAGAGCGUGCGGCUUGGCCAGGAGAAGCAGCAUCUGGAGGACAAGGCCUCCGAGCUCUCCCGCCAGGUGGACGUCUCCGUCGAGAUGCUGGCCAACCUCAAGCAGGACCUGGUUUCCAAAGAGCAGGAGCUCAACAGGAAGCAGCAGGAGGGGGCACAGAUUGACCAGUUCCUGCAGGAGACGGCGGCGCGGGAGGCCAAUGCGAAGGUCCGUCUGCAGCAGUUCAUCGAGGAGCUCCUGGACCGGGCUGACCGGGCUGAGAAGCAGCUCCAGAGCAUCAGCAGCUGUGGCACCACUCCCAACGGCAGCCUGAGCCGCUGCAGUGUGCCGGGAUCCAAGAGCACCGGCCGACAGAGGGAAAGAAACUCUGGUUCCACUGUUUCUCGAGGGGUGUAUCAGGUGUCAGAUCGACGCUCCUCAGCAAGCACUGGAGCCUCCAGCCGGGUGAAGACGGUGUCGCAGGGCUCAGGUGGGUACGACAGCGACAGCAUCGAGAUGCACCCCCUGGAGGAGUGCCCUGAGGCACAGUACUAUCAUGUACAGUGCCGCUCAGGGGAGGUGGGGUUCGAGAGAGCCGGCAUGUCACGGAGCUGGGGCCUGAGGAAACAGGCCAUCCAGAACUGGCAUCGGCGGCCCUACCACAACAGCACUGAGGGGGAGGAGGGAGACGUGUCCGAUGGGGGCUCCCGCACCACCGAAUCCGAGGCUGAAGUCUGGGAGCAGGAGAGGAGGGCCUCUUCAGAGACACAGCCGUCCAAUUCCAACAAGGCUGUUGGUGGAUACAGGCUCGGCACAGGUCGGUCGGAGGGUGGGUAUAAGCCCUGCCGGCGUGAGAGACACAGCCCUUCACAGUCGAACGAGGUGAUCAGCCCAGAGAUUCUCAAAAUGAGGGCUGCAUUGUUCUGUAUCUUCACCUACCUGGACACCAAGACCCUGCUCCGGGCCGCUCAGGUCUGCAAGGACUGGAAGUUUGUGGCCCGGCACCCUGCAGUGUGGACCCGGGUGCUACUGGAGAACGCCAGGAUAUCCUCCAAGUUUAUGACAACUGUGUCUCAGUGGUGUACACAGACACACUCCCUCAUCCUCCAAAACCUUAAACCACGACAGAGGGGGAAGAAGGAGACAAAAGAGGAGUACCUGAAAAGCACUCGAGGCAGUCUGGAAGUAGGUCUGGAGGCUCUGCUGAAGGCUGCGGGAGGAAAUCUGCUGAUCCUGAAGAUCUCACACUGCCCCAGCGUGCUGACUGACCGCUCGCUCUGGCUGGCCAGCUGCCACUGUCGCGCACUGCAGGCCGUCACCUACCGGAGUGCCACUGAUCCAGUUGGCCAGGAGGUGAUCUGGGCACUCGGGGCAGGCUGCAGAGACAUUAUUUCACUACAGGUGGCACCACUCCACCCAUGUCAACAGCCUGCACGAUUCAGUAACCGCUGCCUUCAAACCAUUGGCCGAUGCUGGCCCCACCUGCGAGCGCUGGGUGUUGGUGGUGCGGGGUGUGGCAUCCAGGGCCUGGCAUCGUUAGCGCGGAACUGCAUGAGGCUGCAGGUGCUGGAGCUGGAUCACGUGAGUGAGAUCAACCAGGAGGUGGCAGCAGAGGUGUGUCGAGAGGGACUGAAGGGCCUGGAGAUGCUGGUGCUCACCUCCACCCCUGUCACACCCAAAGCUCUGCUGCAUUUCAACAGUGUGUGUCGGAACCUGAAAUCCAUUGUGGUGCAGAUUGGGAUUGUGGAUUACUUUGAAGAUCCUAACAGCCCUGAAGCCAGGAAACUCUUUGAGGAAAUGGUGAACAAACUGCAAGCACUAAGGAAAAGGCCAGGUUUUUCAAAGAUUCUCCAUGUGAAGGCAGAUGGAGUUUGCUAACCCCGCUUAAGUACUGAUAAGGCACACUUUACCUCAGAAAAAACAAGAUGUGAUCUGAAUGCAUUCUUUGCAGCUUGCCAGGAAAAAAACAAGCAAACAAACAAACAAACAAAACAAAAGUAGUAGUUCUUGAAACUCGUAUGAUCCUUUGCUUUUAUAAACAACAAUUGAGCUUUUUGUGCAAAGUGCUGACAGCCUAGAAACUAUCAUCCUUGUAAACCGUAUGGUGCAGGAGUAGGAGCACAGACUUAUAUUUCUAGAAAACAAUCGCAGUAUAUGCCUGAGUAUUUGAUAUUGUUUCCCUGCUGUUAUGACUGGGAGGAAACCUAUGGUGACAGUGAGAGUUCGUAAAGACAAAGUCCAUCCAAGAGACUGAAUUAGGGACAGACUCUCCCCACCUGCUCCUUGCCAAAUAGAUAAGACAUUUGAGAAAUAAAAAAGGGUUUUGCUUUCUUAAUAGUGCUUUCCAUGCUUCUGGGAUUACUUUAGCUGGGAUUACUUUAGCUAGGAUUACUUUAGCGUUUAACGAGCUGACGGGACUCCUGAGCCAAGAUGAUUCUACAAAAUUUGGGGAAUCUGGGGGAGUAAACUUCAGAUAAACAUGUUCAUUCCUCUCCCUCUCUCCUUUGAUAAGACCAUCCCACCAAGAGAUCAUACAAGCAUGAGAUAAAAUCCUCCUGCUUUAAGAGAGAGAGAGAGAGAGAGAGAGAGAGAGAGAGAGAGAGAGAGAGAGAGAGAGAGAGAGAGAGAGAACACUGUGCUAGGAGCAUAAGCUUCAUAAAGGCAUUUUACAGUCAAUUCUCGCUAAUACGAAUUUCAAGGGGCCAGCUGCAUACUGUGAGUUUUUAUUGAAGUUGCAGUAUGUAUUUUACAUUUAAAAGUAUUGUGCAUUUUAUUGAAAAUACAGUUGGAAGUGAACUUUUAAAAGUAUGCAUUGCAAAUGAACUGAACUUGCAAGCUGCAUGUCCUAUUCUGAUCAAGGGCAUUUUUAAACCACGAAAGGCAUCCUCAACAUCAGAUAUUGAGCAAAUCUGAAACACUGAAGAAUGGCAUCCACAGUUGUUCUUAAGCCUGUAUUAUUAUAACCUUUUUUUCUGAAUGAUUGAUAAAGUGUUUUACGGUAAUGUUGAACUCUGCAGCAAUAUCUUUCUUUUUCUGUAUGGCGAUGCAUUAUCCAUGCUUUCAACACUUCAACUUUUGUAUGCAAGGAUAUGAUGCAUGAGCACUAUGGAAACUCAAAGUGCAUCAUAGGAUCUGUGGUCCCAUAACAGCACUAAAAUACACUACAGAGGCACUAAUCCGUAUGCAAAUUAAUACAUUUCCUGAUAUUCUUAACACUCAGCUAUUCAAACUAGAGCAAUGUGUUUUAACAAACUACAAACUAUUUUGCACUAACAGUAAAUGUGUGUUUAGCGAAAUCGUAUUAUAAGAAGUAAUGGUAGCGCUUCAUGUUG